GGGGCAAAAGCCUACCGUGGAGAACUCUUGGGCCAAACUUGCAAUGUCAGUUAUAAACUUUACGUAUACGCAUCGAAAAGUGAACGCGCGUGGUGGGUUUUGUGUGGUUCCGUUCGACCACAAUCACAAACCAUUUGAAAGAAAAUGUACGAAACAAUCGAACGCGAGGGCGGCGACAUCACCGCCGCCGACAUGGUCCUCCCGGAAGAAUCCAGUGAAAUUGCGCGAUUCUACGCCGAUUCGACGGUUUUCCUCACCGGAGCCACCGGAUUUUUGGGGAAAAUGUGCCUGGAAAAACUGCUGAGGGACUGCUACGACGUGCGGAAAAUCUACGUCAUGAUCAGGCCGAAAAAAGGGAAAGACAUACAGACCAGAUUCGACGAGAUUUUCGACGGACCGAAUAUGGAGCCGCUCAAGCGCAAAAACCCGAAUUUCGGGUCAAAGGUCGUCUUCAUCAACGGCGACUGCUCCCUUCCUGACUUGGGUUUAAACGACGAAGACCGCGCAAAACUAAUCAACGAAACAAACUGCAUAAUCCACUGUGCUGCGACGGUGCGUUUCGACGAAAAAAUCCGUACGGCAACGCAUAUCAACGUCCGUGCAGUUAUAGACCUUAUCCAAAUGGCCAAACAAAUGAAGAAUUUAAAGGCGAUGAUUUACGUCUCCACCGCCUUCUCGAACUGCAUCCGGAGCGAAAUCCGGGAGGAAUUCUACCCGCCUCCAAUCACAGGCCGGAAACUCCUCUCCCUCUUGGACGCCCUGGACGACGACAAGCUCGACAAAAUCACCCCGAUAAUCAUGGGUGAUUACCCCAACACUUACGUCUUCACCAAAGCCGUGGCCGAAGAUGUUAUAAAAACAGAAGGCAAAACACUGCCAAUUGCCGUCUUCCGGCCCUCGAUUGUUAUUGCAUCGGUCAAGGAACCGGUGGCUGGAUGGAUUGAUAAUUUGUACGGGGCCACGGGGGUGCUUGUGGGGGCUGCCUUGGGGGUUUUGCGGAGCCUCCACGGGAAAAUCGAAAAUGGGGCUGAAAUGGUACCGGCCGAUUUUGUAGUCAACUGUGCCAUAGCAUCGGCCUGGGACAUCGCUUCGGCCAAGUCAAUUAACGAAAAUCGGGAGAAAAACGGGAAAAAUCAGUUUGAGGAAGAGGUUCCAGUUUAUAAUUUUGUCAGUUCGCCUGAAGCCGGGAUUACGUGGGAUAUUUACACGAAACUGGCCGAGAAACACGCAAAGCAAGUGCCUAGUCCCUUACUCGUCUGGCAUUACUUUUUCGCCCUGCGAUCGUCGCGAAUCCACCAUUUAAUCGCUGUGUUCUUUCUUCACACAAUCCCGGCGUAUUUGGUCGAUUUUAUUGCCGUCUGUUUGGGCAAAAAACCCAUGCUGGUGAAAGGUUACCAGAAAAUCAACAAAUUCGCCGAUGUUAUAAGUUACUUCAGUUCGCGCGAAUGGAAAUUCACAAAUGCGAACGUCCAAUCGCUUUGGAAGAAAAUGGGGAAACGUGAUAGGGAAAUGUUUGAGUUCAGUAUGAAGAACUUCAACUGGGAUUCCUAUUUUUAUACGUAUGUUAGAGGAACGAGGGCCUAUCUCCUUAAAGACCCUUUAACGACUUUGCCUCAAGGGACUGUGAAAUAUUAUAAGUUAAUGGUGUUGCAUUAUGUCGUAAUGGCGAUUUUGUUCUUUGGUUUUUAUAAAUUUUUAAUGUUCUUGUUGGGUUUGUUGUUUUAAGAAGGUGUAUGUGAUUAAAUAAAUUUAUUUGUCUAUAAAAAA